ACAGUCUAUCAGCACCAAAGCUAAAAGCAAAAUUGUGGUCCGUAGGCAUUGUCCAAAGUGCAUACCAUCUCUAUAUUCCAAUUCCCAUUCCCCCCUCUAAAAAUCAUGUCCACUGAAUCUUUAAUCACAACCACAACCCCUGCAAUUCUCUUGGAUCUCUAACACCAUUUGCAUUUUCGUCUAACAACAAGAGCCAACCACCAUUUUCCCAAGAACCCAACAACUCCCCAUUUUCAAAAUGUCUCUAGCUAUUAGACUGCACGUUACUAGUACCAUUUUCCACUAUUGUAAUAACACUAGCAAGAAAAACCCCUUUAGUCACAAUUGCACCAAAUUUAAAGCCAACCCCAUUUACCAUUUUGACAAAUUAUCUCACCUUGUGUUUUCCCACAGAAAAAAGAUGAGUUCUUUAACUUCUUCAAGAGGGUCUUGUGGGAUGAGUGUGAAGAGUUCUUUGAUUGAACCAGAUGGGGGUUCUUUAGUGGAUCUUGUGGUGCCUGAGAAUCAAAGGGUUGCAAAAAUUGCAGAGGCAGAAACUAUGGCAAAAGUGAAGCUGACAAAGAUUGAUCUUGAAUGGGUUCAUGUGAUUAGUGAAGGUUGGGCUAGUCCUCUUAAAGGGUUUAUGAGAGAGGAUGAGUAUUUGCAGAGCUUACAUUUCAAUUCACUUAGAAUGAAAGAUGGGUCUAUUGUCAAUAUGUCACUUCCUAUUAUUUUGGCAAUUGAUGAUGAAGAUAAAGAGAAGAUUGGUGCCUCCAGUGAUGUUGCUUUAGUUGGGCCAAAUGAUGAUUUAGUUGGCAUUCUUAGAAGUAUUGAGAUCUACAAGCACAACAAAGAAGAAAGAAUUGCAAGAACAUGGGGAACUACAGCCCCAGGAUUACCUUAUGUUGAGGAGGUAAUUACUCCUGCUGGAAAUUGGCUCAUUGGUGGAGAUCUGGAAGUCAUAAAGCCUAUCAAAUAUAAUGAUGGUCUUGAUCACUACAGGCUCUCUCCCCAACAACUUCGAAAUGAGUUUGAUCGACGGGAGGCAGAUGCAGUAUUUGCUUUUCAGUUGAGAAAUCCUGUCCAUAAUGGCCAUGCUUUGCUUAUGAAUGAUACACGGAGGAGACUUUUGGAAAUGGGUUACAAGAAUCCAAUUCUUCUGCUCCAUCCUUUAGGUGGUUUCACUAAGGCUGAUGACGUGCCACUAGAUGUCCGUAUGGAACAACAUAGCAAGGUCCUAGAAGAUGGAGUUCUCGAUCCCGAGACUACUAUUGUGGCCAUAUUUCCCUCACCAAUGCAUUAUGCUGGACCUACUGAAGUACAGUGGCAUGCAAAGGCACGGAUAAAUGCGGGUGCAAAUUUCUACAUUGUAGGUCGCGAUCCGGCUGGUAUGAGCCACCCACAAGAGAAGAGGGACUUGUAUGAUCCAGAUCAUGGAAAGAAAGUUCUAAGCAUGGCCCCUGGUCUUGAGAAAUUGAACAUUCUGCCCUUCAGGGUGGCAGCAUAUGACACAGUCGAUAAGAAGAUGGCAUUUUUCGACCCUUCACGUGCUAAAGAGUUUCUCUUUAUUUCUGGUACCAAGAUGCGAACUUAUGCAAGAACGGGUGAGAAUCCUCCAGAUGGUUUCAUGUGUCCUGGGGGGUGGGAAGUAUUGGUCAAAUACUAUGAGAGCUUGCAGGCUGAGGAUGGUGUACAGAACUCUGCUGUUCUUACUGCUCGGUGAUAAUACUUUUAAGAGUACAAGAAAAUUUGAGUUCUCUUUAGGUCUUGCGGAUAAUUCUUAAAGAACAAAGUUAGUUUGAAAAUUUGAAACGAGAGAAUUGAUCGUGUCUCAUGUUCUUUAGUUUGGACAAUCCAGUUGAGGCUAUCAAUUAUCUUUUGCUGGUAUUUCUCUGCUAUUUGGAUUGAUUUGUUUAUAUUUUUUGUUAGAAGUACUGAUCAUUCAUUCUAAAAAAGUUGUCUUUUAACUGUUC